UGCAAACUGCUCUAUCCACUAUCGAAAGCAUUCACUUUUGUGGGUUUAGGAAUCUUCUCGAAUUGAAGGAUCGCGCUCGAGAAGGGGAAAAGAGUACUCUGCUGACCAGAGAACGAAUAGAGAAGGCGUUCCAUAAGGAAGAUUCGUUUAUUUGAGAUUGGAUUCUUCUAUAGAAUUGCCAAUGAGGGGUAGAAGCUAUAGUUACAGUCCAUCGCCACCAAGGGGUUAUGGAAGAAGAGGUCGGAGCCGUAGCCCUAGGGGUCGCUAUAGUGGUCGUGGUAGAGACCUUCCUACUAGUCUUUUAGUUCGCAACCUUCGCCAUGAUUGCAGGCCAGAAGACCUACGUAAGCCAUUCGGACAAUUUGGUCCUCUCAAGGACGUUUACUUGCCUCGAGAUUAUUAUACUGGUGAACCACGUGGGUUUGGGUUUGUCCAAUAUGUGGACCCUGCUGAUGCUGCAGAAGCCAAAUAUCAAAUGGAUGGACAGAUUCUUCAUGGAAGGGAACUGACAGUUGUAUUUGCAGAGGAGAAUAGAAAGAAGCCAACUGAAAUGAGAGCAAGGGAAAGAUUGAGGGGUCGAAAUGACCACAGGCAUUCUCCUCGUUAUUCCCGCUCCCCACACUACUCCCGAUCACCGCGUCGAGUAAGAUCUCGUUCACGUAGCCCUAGUUACGAUUCUCCAUCCCCUAGGCGAAGGCAUUCAAGAUCAGUUUCACCUCCAGCUAGAAGGUACAGUCGAGAGCGAUCAUACUCUCAUUCUCCUUAUGAUGGUUCAAGGAGCCGUAGCCAUGGUCCAAGUAGGAGCCGAAGCCGAAGCCCAGAAGAGUACACAAGGAAACCAGAGAGGGAAAGGUCCUUGAGCCAGGAGAGGGGAAGGUCCUCGAGUCAAGAGAGAAGAGGGUCCUUAAGCCAGUAGUCUACUGGUAGAAAAACUGCAACCCGAUUGAUCUUAGUGGUUACUUAAAGUGACAGCAUUUAUCAACAUGACAAUGUAUCCCAUUAAUCAGGUUGCCAUCAAAACAGAUUCAUAGAUUUUCAGUUUGUUCAAAUUAGCAUUAAAUUGAAUUUGAACAAGUGUUGUUACUGUUGUAGUAGGUAGCAUCUUGUUUUCUUGUUUGCAGUUUCUAAUGGAGUUGGUAGGCAUGCGGGGUGCGGUUUUUAUUCUA